AUGGCAAUGAACCCAAAUAUGAUGGUAAGAUGCCUCGCUACAGUAGUCACUCCGCCAGAUGUGAAAAAGUUUUACAACUACUCACUCCAAAUCCUCUUGGCGGAUUUGGACAAAAUUGGUCAGUACAGACCCAUCAAAAGUGCCUGUAAGCUUCUGAGAUCUUGUGCUAAACGUCUCAAUAUAUGCGACUGGGACAGGAUCAGGCUUGCUUUGUCCUACCUCCAAACACUGGUCAACCAUAAAAAUUCAGCACUAGCCAAAGCCGCUCGGGGAGCAUACAUCGCGCUUUUGAUGUGCUACCGAAAUUUCGCUCUUACGGAAUCCACCCCUGAUGGUUCAGUGUCUUCUGUUCCAGGAAAUGUAACAAACUACCUAAUUAAUCCCCCACCAAGCGAUGUCAUUACAUCAAACCAACUGCCUUUCCGUCUGAAAUGUCUGAGUAUCUUAAUGCCAGUUUAUGAAAAGUGCCCGACUACCCAGGAUUCGGCCCAAAUUCUUUCCUACACAGUGAAGGAGAUCGUCCAUUUAGUCUCAGAAAUUUCCGGUACCCCUAUACCCCCAAAGGCUUACUGUCUUCCAGAUUUAAUUGAAUCUACGGUUAAUGUACUGACAAUUCGUCCUUCAGCACAACUAAUAGAGGCGUUAUGGCGAUCUCUGAAACUGGCGAUAAUCGCCUGCUUUGAGUCUUACCCUCGCCUAUCCCAAAAUGUCACCGAAAGCAUUGCCCACUGCAUUUUUAACGCAUUCGAAAUCCUUGCAAACGAAAAACAUCUGGUUUCAGUGCUUAAUGAGACUUUCUAUCAUGCCGUUCUCCAAACAUGCUCCCAUUCUCCAUUCGACCUUGAGGAUAGCGAAUCAGGUGGCGAAAGUGAAGUGGAGGGAGAGGUUGUGGAGGAGGAUUUGGAUUCAGUCAGUCAACCGAGUGGUUCUUUCCAGACGAAAAUAGCAAUUCCGAGGCCUUCGUACCGGGAAUAUUUGCCGCUAUGGCGAAAUUUGCUAGGAUUUCCUAUGGGUCUAGUGAAGAAGGAGAGGUAUGCUCGUAGCAACGUAAAAUCAACACCCCUCAUAUUUCGACUCCUUCUGACAUCUUCCCUGGCAAUUUUGAAACGCCUCGACUUCUCCUAUGCGGAGUGUAACACAGACACUGGUGAGGUGGAAUCGCAGGUGGUUGUCAAAAACCCACAAGAUGUUCUUCUGCUCUCAAAUAUGGCCGCAUUUCUUGAACAAGUUCUGCCGGAUUGUUUGGUCGCCACCCACGAUGCCAUUGUGCCUUCGUUCCUGCAGACCUGCCUAGAACUCGUCGAAAAGUACCCUCUGCUUAGUGGUCUCUACCGUCUUCUAAAACUAGCCGUCCUAUUGGCCAAGCAGUCCAACUUCUUCAAAGAAUGCAGCACCUCUCCCACCUUGACUCACCUGCGAUCAUUUGCAAUCUCCCUGCUGGAGGCAUUUCCACCGACAGGAGCUCUUUCCGCGGAUGACCUCAGUACCGCUCGUUGUUCCUGCCUUCUCAGUUUGCCUCUCUCAGUCUUCACGUUGCACCCCGAAGGCAGGCUCUUUAGCCAAUUUGCUUAUAUCAUCGCCUCCAUCUGUCAAUUGGCCGGUUCGCAAGGUCAUUGUGAGCACCUAGCAACCGCUGCCGCCUCCGCCGUUGAGUCCUGGUUGGAUGAGAUCAAAUCUAAAUCCUCAACCUAUCCAAUGGCAUUUGGGAGUCUUGUGCCAGCAUUAGCUGGCCUACUAGAGAUCCAUCAUGACAAACCAAUCGCGAGCAAGGCGCCACCGCCUCUUAUCGGUCAACGCUCACGGCGGUCUGAUCAUAGGGUGGGGAUCCGUCCGACGCUAAGGGCAAUCGCUGGACGACCAAAUCGACUAAAUUUUGAUUCACCGCUCAGUAAGGCGCAAAUGAAGAUCAUUGAAAUUAUUGGACAGAAUGCGCAGCAUUGGGAACUUCUCAAUUUGGUGGAAACACCUAAUGAAGAUGGAACCAUCUUUGGAAAUAUUCUACCUUCAGAAAAGGGUGUUUUUAAUGAUCUUACUUUGUGUUUACCUUUUCCGGAUUUGCGGCCGUAUAUACGGCUUUCUGAUGUACGAUUGUUUGCACGACUCCUUCGUAUCCUUCUCUGGAGGCCCAAGUCCACCACCAAAUCAACCAAUCAGAUCAAUACCAGUGUUUCUCGUCAAGCAAGAGUGUCUGCAGCCGAAUAUUUGCACGAGUAUAUUGUUUUUGGACUCAUCAAACAGCGUGAAAUAGCCCCGGAUCCCAGCGAUCCAAUCGGGGAGAGUGACUCUGCUUACUGGUCUCUCCUCUUUCAUGUGACAUUCAUUCUGGGAGCUGACACUGAUCAACUAAUUUGCCGUCUCUUCCGAUGCCUCGCAUUUCAAUUGGUUCAUUGGUAUGCGGGCUAUCGAAUGGCAGGCCUGUGUGAAGCUAAACUUCUGCAGAAAGUGAUUCUACGUAUUUUAUGUCUUGCUCCACCCGAAGAUGAUAUUUGUGGCUUUAUCGACUCACGGUGGCCACUUUCUGAAUUAGUCCAAACAAGACGCACGAAGCUGGCCUCUGCGUGUCUUCAAGAUUUCUUCAAGUGGAUGAGCUCUGAAACCACUGGCAAUAAGAGACGUCCUGCCUCUAUCGGCGAUCAAACAUUUGAGGAUCUACUCAGGCUAAAUUUGAAAGGUCUGUGUCAAGAUGGAGCUGCAGCUCAAGUUUUCACCAACACAAUAGCCAAUCUCCUAAGUGCCCGACCAGAAAUGGCCUUUCAGCAUGUCUAUCUCCUUAUCGACGCCUUCAAGCGAUCCCUUUUAUCAGCACCGGGUCAAGGUCCCGUCGCUGCUGCUUUAAAACGAGCAGUCGGAUUGCUCACUGAAUUAAUGAAAAAAUCGCCAGAAGGCUUGAUCUAUGACGACUGCGUAACCCCUGAAAAACAGCCUCGUUUGACACGAACUGUCAAAACCAACCCCAUGGCAGAAUCGCUUAAACCAACAUCCUGGGAAACAGCUUCCGUUCCCUCUUGCCUGAAAUCCCUUCUACUGGCUUGUCGUGACCCUCUCAACGGAAAGUUGUUCCAGGAACUCGUGGAGCAAAUCGUCUCAUCGUCUAGUUUACGACUCAUUCGAAAAGUACUUCCUGACACGGCUUCCCUCAUAUCAACUUUUGAAUGGAAAUUGGAUUCAUCGAGUGGGUUUACCUGUUGUCUCAAUAACUACGCUUGGCUACUUUCCGCCAAUCUUAUAACCAACACGGCCUUUUUUGAAGCAAUUCAACUUCCUGAAAGCCGUAUUAUCGCAUUUCUGAAGCGCUACUGUGGAGCAGAAGAGAACAUGGCUCCAGAUGAAUCAACCGCAGUUAUAAAGUUCUUGCUCGCGAUUCUCCAUUCAAAGCCACGAGUGGACUUGAGUAGUGUGUUUUCUGAAAAUCACACCGUAUGGAAUUUUCUUGGUCGUAGCCUCUUAAAGCCUACAACUAUGGAAAUCGAACCAGCUGAUAAGGCCGUCGAGGUGUUAAGAAUGCUGCCUAAAACGUGUCUCACCUGGACCAUGGCUUCAAUGUCCCAAUUACAUAAGCUGCAUAGGUUUGUCGAUUUCCUGAAACCUUCAUUUAAAAUCAGACUUUUUGAGGAAAGCGGUGAGUUUGCUUUAACAGAUCAGGGGCAGAUUGCUGAUCUCACAGAAAUCCUUUCAAACAUACCACUACUUCUAAUCACCGUCAAGAAGGAUCUCGGUCUUCGUGAAUUGUUUUCUGACUACAUAUCUCUGAAAAGCACACUGGGCUCAUCAGACAAACUGGCCAAAAUUGCCCAAGUUGCAUUCGCUAUUGCAUCAUGUCUCAACUAUCAAAUUGUCUUUGAUGCAGAAGUGCUUUUAAAGGCAAUUGACCAAUCAGACGAGUGUUUGAUCUACCCAGUCAAUCUUCUAACCAUUCUGGGAUUAAGUGAAGAAGAUGUCGUACAAUUAGAUGCUCCAAAUGCAAUCAUGUCUAUCCUACUCAAAUCCCUGGGCAUGUAUUCAAAAGAUCCGAAUAAAAUGCGAACAAACCAGUUGUGUGAUGGGAUUGCUAAUGUAUGGUGCCAACGUAUAGAGCCCUUUUUAAAAGACAACAAUUUUGGGAGGGAGGUCUGUGUUGACCUUCUCGAAGCUGUUAUCUCUCUUUCUCAAGUUGAGCUUGAUCGAAAUACUUUCGUGACGACCUACUUGAACCUUCUCAAAACGGAGACGCUAAAAAAUUCCGCCAAAGUAAAACUUCUUGAUAUGUUGGCCUUCUUCCUUCAACCGGAAAUCACUCCCAUCACACUUGAAUUGAGAAGUGAACAUCGCACCGAGAUUGUUGAAGCUGUUAAGCUUCUUCUUGCCUCAAAUCUUCCCCUAGAUCCGCAGGAGCUUGCGCGCUCUUCCACAAAACUGAGUGAAUGUGGGACCCUUUUGAGAUCAGUUCUUUCCCUUCUAAAAACAGUCAGCUGCCCUGAAGCUAUCCAGAUUCUCACGAUGACAUUCUGUCGUUAUGAUGAGCACUUCAUGGACGAAGAUUUGGAUGAAGCUCUACAGUGUGCGAUGAAACGAAUAUGGGCGCGGCCUCUAGUCCAAGAGCGACUGUUGACUUCAGCCCUGGAGGUCUUUGAACAGGCUGUCAUCUCCGCGCAUCCAUCAAGCGCCUUCAUCAAUCUCUGGCAUCGCUAUUUUCGCAAGUUCAUUCAACCACUUUUCCUUUACGUGGGUCCAGUUGCUCUGGAACAUGUGGGUGCGCGAAACAUCGUCAAAUGGACCCAGAAUCUGGAGAUCGGAGUGCAAAGAGAUGAGUUGACAGUGGCACAUUGGAUGUGGAGGCUUUUAAACUGUAGUGCUACCUUUUAUCUCCUUGUCGUGCUAUACAACCGCCUUCCUAAGACCUGCCUCCAUGGAACAAGUGGUGGUGGUGUUGGAUCCAUCCUAAAGGUCUUUCUUGGACCGAUGAUAUUAGAUCCUCUUCAGAAGGUGCAGAUAAAGGGAAAGGAACUGACCGCCAUGCUGAUAGGGAAGGCUUACGCAAUCCUCAAAGAUGCACUUGAACCACCACCCAACGCCUCAUUGACCCAUGACCUUGAAGCCACUGCCUCGAUUUUAAGACGUGCUCUAUGGUCUGCCAGUCUGGCAUGUCUUGUCGCCACCUUGAGUGCCACUCAAACUCAGGAGAAGACCUACAACUACGUACUCGCUUGUGAUCCCCUCUCACGCUUCCUUCCCACAGACAAAAACCUCAACUUUCCUAGGCAAAGAUCAGGCAAGUACCGAUCGGCGUUCAUCGAAUUGCGGGAGGAAUUCUGGUUGCCAUCGCAACGAGAACCCUACCUACGGCUCCAGGCAAAUGAAUCUAUUGAAAAGAGAGGCGCGUUUGGUGGAGUUCCGAAUCGUGGUGACCUUCUACAGGGAAGUAGUUUUUCCGUGGAGAUUAAUCGAUUCAUACGAACUUCGGGAACUCAGAUUAUAAGGGGAUCAAAUUUUCUGGCCGAAUUCAAGAAGCCAAUUAGUCCAAGUAAAGGGUCUAUAUCACCUUCAUCUUCUACCGCCUCUGCCGACUUCACUCAAGACGAGGAUGUAGAGGCAGUCCAAGUUAAUUUGGAAGUCGAUUGUCUCAACACAACUUCCGUGAUGGUGUGCUUCGUGGGACUGCUGAAACACAUGCACCGUCUGGGUUUCCUAAAGUCCGAGAACUCCAACGACAUGCCUGCUAUUCUGCGAUUUCUCUACGAGCACUUCAACUUAAGUCGUUCCAACAACAACGUGCGCGCAUUUGUGGUCAAGGUGAUCAUCAAUUGCACCGAGGUAUUCAAGCCGUUCGCCAAACUCUGGCUUCCAGUUCUUAUCAAUUAUGCCUCCUCGGGCGUAGAAGCUCUAGUCGAUUCCUGCGGCUUGUCCUCUCUCGGCAUCGAUCUCUGUCUCCUUCUCGGUGAAUGGGGUGUCUCCAGUGAUGCUUUACCCUCCACUGAGGUUGAGAAAUCUGCAGCUAGAUCUCUUCUUGCAUGCCUGUUGAAAAGGACGUGGAUUUCGUCUACCACCGAAGCCGGCGAGGACCACACCUCCAGUAUUCCCGAAGGUGUUGCUUCAGCGCUGAAAAACAACCUUGAGUUGUUUCGUCUUUUGGCUGAGUCCUGGCUUCCUACAGGCGUAGCAAUCCCAUAUAAAGAGCUGCUAUUUGAGCUUCAAGGCCACGAAGACUACAAACGGACGACAUUUCGUUUUCACCUAUUCAAAAUAAUCCUUUCUUCGUGCAACAGUUUCUCUCCCGAGACUGAUAAUCUCCCUCUCUCUCAAUUUAUCAACGUCCUCCUCAAAUAUGUGCAUCAAAGUCAGAAGACCCUCCUCACAGUUGUCUGGGAGUGCGCUGGCCUUCUCGCCUCCAAAUUCACCUCACUUUGCUCCAAUUCUCAAGACGGAAGUGAAAACUUUCUAAAAAGUCGUGGAUGGCAUAUUCUUCCCCUCUCUCACCUCCCAACUGACCUUCACCCUCUCGUAACUGAACUGUGGUCAAGCGUGAAUGACUUGAACAUAGCCCAACGGCGCAAGCGACCUUCGGAGGGCCCAAUCACAAGCACAAUUGAGGCCGCCUGCGCCGCCGCAUCCCAUUGGCCCGUGCUUGCUGUGCAUCUGACUAACACCCUUCUUGGAAUGGGAAUCCCAGAAAGCAUUGAACCGGCUACAUUCUCGCACUGUUUACUAAUGUUUGGCAAGUUGAUGGAAGACUUCAAGGGGUCUAAGCAUGCUUUUCACCUUGAACAGACGGCUAAGAUAGAAAUAUUUCAGAAUAUGGUGAAUUCAAAUGUCAUGGAAUUGAUUAAAUGGGGAACGGAAAUUGUACUUUUCAACGGGACUAUGCUGAUACUGCGAAUGAUUCAGUUUGCGCUAGUUGCAUCUCAAGGAGAUAAAGACUUCAGCGCUGAAAUGCCUCAGCAUUUAAUUCUUCGGCUGUUACAAACACUAUUAUCUACUCUCACGCGACCAAAUUCUACACCCAACUCGCGUCGUGUAGCCUACAGGGCAUUCGUUGAAGCACGACAGGGUGCCAGUGAAGCGGGGGAUACGGAAAUCGAGAAGGUCUGUAAUCUUGGUCUAUCCUACGGACUCUGUGCGGAGGAUAAUCAACAACUUCGUCACCAAUUGCGAAAACACAUUUCCCAACACUGCCUCGACUCGCCCCUUCUGGGUGGCUCUCCCUCUCUCUCUCGCUGUCUUACGGUCCUCCAGUUGCUAAGCAGCAGCCGUCAUGCUGACACAGUCGAUCAGGCUCUGAUAGGAGGGAUUGGACAGCAUCUUGUGUCCACCAUCCUAGAGGUGGUUCUGGAACCGGCUAUUAAUUUCACUCGAACGUCCAUCUCCACUUCUCGAUUCAUGCUGGAUCCAGUUGUGCUGAGUGGAACCCAACAACUGCUGCGGAGCCAAACACAAGCCGUGGAUGCCGGCUAUGCCACCCUGGCUCUUCCAGAAGGAAGUGCUACAGAGAUCCAGCUAAUGGAAACACAGGAAAUGCCUUCCACCUCCGCCUUCGCACAAGUCAGCCCAAUGGUCACGGAUUCGAGGCCCUCUGGGAAGUCAUUAUUUGUCUCUUCAAACAGCACUCAAAUACGUCAAAGGAACAAGUUGCCGAGCUUUAAAAAUCUUUCUCGCGUUGAGCACUUGCGUCGGAAGUUUGCAUUCCCCGCCACCGUUGUCGCUCAAUCCCCUGACAUCCACGCGGGUAGUAGCUUGCAAGAGUUCUUUAAGCAACGAACCAUUCAGCGCCAGCACGCCGAGACCACCUCUACCUCCGACACCUCACUCAGUGAUUCUGCCCGCCUCUGUCGUCGUCAUCGUCUCAGUUUUCUACCCGACGUCGAGACACUAACUCUGGAGGCACUUUUGAAGCCUCUCUUCCAGUUAGCGAAUGCAGAUCCAUUGGGAUGUGGAUCCGUCCUCCUCGGGCUUAUAUUCGAAGCAGUAAUCGCCUCAACGGUGACGUCUCCUAGUAGUGACAUCUUUGUGAAAGGACUAGGUGGUGCUCUGGCAGGUCUGCUGUUGCGUGGUCAAAACGUCUGUCUCCAACUACUGUGGGAUCUGAGUGGGUUGGAGGGGAGGGUUCUUAAUCUUCUGCCGGAGCCGACUCUUCUUGCUGCUAGUGCGAUUUCAGCUGGACAGACUGCAAUUGGCACGCUGGUGUUGGAGGAGGCUUUCUGUGCUGCUGCAAUGAGGCGCUCAAAAUACAUUCGCCAAUCCAUGUCAACACCCUCCCCAUGGACGGCCACCACCCGCCGCUUUUUCACCUCCUCUCUGCCCGUCUUCAUCUUGCCCCAAGAGGAAUUUGAAAUUGCCUCAAUGGAAUGCAGCAACAAACAGCUCGCCACCACCACCACCACCGCUGCCACUUGCUGGUGGCAGCUGACGCGUCUCUACGCGGACCUGGGUCGAAGCGAUGAGCUCCUCGGCUGGCUCUGCGAUCGAUGGAUUACGGGAUCAAAGUCGACCGUCCUUCUUGAGCGUCUGGGGACGGCGAUUGUUGCUAAGGUGUUCGGUGACUAUGAGAGUGCUUUUAUGCAGCUCUCUGAUCUGCUUACCUCGUCCUCUGACGCCGACGAUGACGAUGAUAAAGACAAAAUUAACGAAGGAGAAGGCGAAGGAACAGAAUCCAGCAUUUGGUCAACGUGCCCGGCCGGUCUAAAUGCAGAAAUUCGGUUGGUUUGCAGAGAGGAGCUACUGCAAUGCCUUGCUCGCCUCGGCUCUUGGAAAGACUUGGAUGUCGCCGCAACCUCCACCGCGACUUCUCUCAUCACAAUGACAGAUGACCCUUCCUCGACUGCUACUGAAGCAAGGCCCUCAACCUCUAACGCCACGGUUGUCGAUGAAUUCGCAUCUUUAUGGACAGAUCCAUACCCAAUGGAGAGUGUAAUCCCUCAAAUCAUCCACUCACGCCUACACCAGUGUCUCUCAGCUGAAAUAAACAAAGUUAUCUUCAGCCACAGCGCAUUAGACACUGACGCGUUGUACCGCUUUUGUCGUAUAAUGGAGUCCGGUCUGCGUUCAACUUCGCAGGACUUUGAGACCAGAUUCGCCUACGAGUUGGCAAUUUUCAGCGUGCUUUGUGAGGAUUUAAGUAGAGCUCAACUUCGUUGCAAAUCGGCCUUCAAGAGCCUUAGGCAGACAUGGUCUUCAGAAGAAUGCCGAAACACACGCCUACAGAAGACGCAACUCCUUAUAGAACUCAAAGAAUUUCUGGAAGCCUCCGCAGAAGGAUUGGAUGCACAUUCUGCAUCAAAGUUGUUCCACACCUGGCAGGAGCGUUGUUCUGUUGUCAGUGAAGACUUGACUACUUCCCGUCUCUUCUUCCUCUCCAAAAUGACGGCAGCUGGGUGUUUACCACUCAAUGAGCAGUUGCUGCCCGCGGUCGUUAACUUUCGUCUUGAGUGUAGUAAUGCGUUCUCGCGCAGUGGUAAUCCCCACCGGGCAAUCAAUCAGCUCACACCACUGUAUAAGCUGGUCCAAAUGCUUGGUCAAGCGGGUGAUGAUAGCGAGUACCGUCAUCUCGCCUGGUGCAGCACGUUCUCGCGCGCUUGGAUUUCCGCGUACUCUCAGGGCAUAGUUUUUUGUGCCAGUGCGACUGGAAGGGACAAUAAUCCCUCUGCGGACCUUGAGAAUGGGCUUCUUCGGUGCCUCUCGCUAAAUUCUCACUGCAUCGAGAUCUAUGAAGCACUUCGCCAGCUACCUUCAAUGGGCAACGAGGAUGCAGCCCUGGCUCAAUUCUCCCACGCCAUCUCCACGGCUCGAAUCCUUUCUGCAUUCCAUGAUUUCCAGAAAUCUGGUCGUUUGAGUGACCUAGGUUUAAGACGCUACACGACCUCCCUCCAACCCACACUGAAGACAAGGUUCUCACAGAUCUGCGGUUUGAGUGAAGUGAAAGAGGUGGAUUUUCUAGAGUCUAGCGCCUUCGUCUUCUUCAAGCGGUGUGUGGAUUCAGCAAUGGGUGUUUGGUCAGCGGUGAGAGGCUCAUCACCUUCGGCGGAAAAGGCCAUCUAUCGACGAAAUCUCCUUGCUCACAGCCCUGAUGAGGCCCUGCUGGAAGUGGCAAACUUUUGCAGUACACGAAUCAGUGAAGGCGGGAGAAAUCGUGAUGUCUACGCGGAUAUUUUCACUCGCUCCGUGCUAACCGCAAUGCGGAUGGGUGCUAAGGGCGGCCGCAUCCGGUUCGGUCGGGUACUGCAAGUCGAAGUGGCUCGUUGCAAGUCCGCUCCACAGCACGACCCCGGUGUCUUUUGUGAAUUGACGAAGCAUUUGCCACCGUGGAUGUUCUCCCAGUGGUUUGACAGACUCCUAAAUGCUCCGCUUGAGGGAGCGGCCUGUCUAGUGGCGGAUAUCCUUCGACGGAUUGCACAAAGGUACUCACAGGCGCUGGCUCUCCCAUUUCGAGUUUUGGUGACGUCGGCGUGUGGCUGGAAACAUGAUGGGCAGUCCUUAGUUGAACAAUUUGCUGUAAAGCUAACCGAGGAUGGGAAAGGGGAUGCAAUAUCAGUUUUCACAGAACUAUCAAGCAUGCUCUCAAAACACGUAAGACUGAAUCGACUCCUCGCAGAGUUGGAGUAUUUCGAUGACCCCGACAUCGUUUUCAAGGAUUGGGCGAGUAGUUACGCGAGAAAAAGUAUCCGCUCUGACUGUUCAAACCGUGCUGAUCUCGUGACGUCCUGUAACAGUCUCCUGGAGCACGGUUUCCUUCGACUCCAUAGUGCAGAGAUUUCAUCAACCCCUAUCAAUGCCAACACAGGUCGACAAUGCGCAGUGCAGAUUCUAUGUGAUCUGGUGCAACAGGAGUUCGGACAUGACUGUAAAGCCCUCCAAAAUAUUACUCUUCACAAUUUUGACUGUGCUAUCCAGCGAAUAAUUUCCGCGUACAAGCCAACCACUCCAAAGACCUCGAGGAUGGACCAGUUUUCGCAGUGGUUGGUUAACUUUUCUCCGGAUGAGCAGGACCCAAUCGAAAUGCUGGGCCAGUGCUUGGAUUCUUCAUCUGAACGACAAGCAGUUGUAACCGUCGAACGUGUUGACUUAAACGUCAAGUGCCUGGCUAGUCUACGACGACCCAAACUGGUGCGUCUUCUGGGCAACGAUGGUCACUGGCGUGGUUGGCUGGUCAAAGGGGGUGAGGACCUGCGUCAGGACACGAGUAUUCAGCGUCUUCUCGGUUUCGCAAACUAUGCCAUUGCUUCCGCUACCGCAACCACCUCCACCAGUGCCUCUGCUGAGCCCCUCCGCACCUAUGCGGUAGUGCCGGUAAGCUCUACACGUGGCCUGAUUCGGUGGUUGGACAGCACCACCACCCUCCUCGCCUUUGCUAUGAACGCCAUGACUGUGCGGGAGACUGAGCGCUACUUGGCCGAGAGCGACGCGCUGGCAGCGAAGUUUGCUAGCCACGCCGGUGACUUUUUCUGGGGAUCUGAAGCCACAGCGGCGUCGAUGGUCUCGCAAUUCACCGAGCUUGAGGAUUUCGUUUUCUCGCUACGUCUUCUGCGCCGCGGUCUCCGUAAUUCGGUGGCCACCUCGGCGGAGCAUUUUGAUGCCCUGCGCCACCGUCUCAUCACUAGCCAUGCUACCAUCUGCGCUGUCCACUUCAUUCUCGGGGUCGGCGACCGUCACAUGGGCAACCUCCUUUUGGACACAUCCACGGGUAGCCUGGUGGGCAUUGACUUCGGUUUCGCGUUCGGUGUGACUCUCAGCUUUCCCACCCCCGAGUACGUGCCCAUUCGACUAACUGCGAGCUUGCGCGAGUUGCUAGAGCCCUCUGGACCUGCGGGUCUCUUUGGUGCUACGCUCUGCCGCACCCUCGCUGCUCUCCGCCAUCACUCCAGUCUAUUUCUCUCGACCAUUCAGUCAUCAUUAAUCAUGACGAUUAAUUCUUCCUCAUACACAAAGACAUUCAUCGAGGACAACUCGACCACAGAGUGGUCCGUCUACAGUGAACACUAUGGCCAAUCAGAAGAGGAAUACCGACGCUGCCGCUUGUCCUUACUCCGCCGCAAGCUGAUCGGUCACUGUCCAGCUGAGCUCUUGAUUGACGAUUUGAGAGGCCGUUUUGGCACAUGCGAUUGGUUCGCUCACUUUGAAGUGAUCGCGAGGACAACGGUGGCGAGUGCUGGUGAUCCAGUGGUUCUUCCCCCACCGGAACAGGUUCGGCGGUUGGUCUGUCUCAGCACCUGUCCUGAACUGCUUGCGAGAAUGCAUUCCGGCUGGGGCGCGGCCUUGUAG